CUGGCGCCUUUGUCCUUCCGCCAUUUUGAGCAAUCAAGGCGCUGAUUGGGCUUGGAGCUCCGGUUCUGGAACCAAUCAGAGCGGAGAGAAGAACCGAGACCGGGAGAGGAGGUACAGUCCAGCUAUCUCACUUUUAUUGUGAUCAAGAAAGAUGGAGCAGUACACAACAAGCAGCAAUGGUUCUCCAGAGCAGAUUGUGGUGCAGGCCGGACAGAUUCAGCAGCAGCCGGGUGCGGUCACUGCUGUCCAGUUACAGACAGAGGCUCAGGUGGGAGCAGCCUCAGGACAGCAAGUUCAGACCCUCCAGGUAGUACAAGGGCAGCCACUCAUGGUCCAAGUCAGUGGAGGACAGCUUAUCACUUCCACUGGACAGCCGAUAAUGGUGCAGGCCAUGGGAGGCCAGGGACAAACCCUGAUGCAGGUGCCAGUAUCAGGGUCUCAAGGGCUGCAACAGAUUCAGCUAGUACAACCAGGGCAGAUACAGAUCCAGGGAGGUCAAGCGCUUCAGGUACAAACCCAGCAAGGUCAGCCACAGCAAAUAAUCAUUCAACAGCCACAGACAGCAGUAACUGCUGGACAAAGCCAGGGCCAGCAGCAGAUAGCUGUUCAGGGCCAGCAGGUUGCACAGACAGCAGAAGGGCAGACUAUUGUGUAUCAGCCUGUAAAUGCCGAUGGAACCAUCCUGCAACAAGUGACAGUCCCUGUUACAGGAAUGAUCACCAUACCUGCAGCCAGUUUGGCCGGAGCCCAGAUUGUCCAGGCUGGAACAAAUACGAAUACCACCAAUAGCGGCCAAGGGACCGUCACUGUCACCCUCCCUGUGACUGGAAAUGUGAUGAAUUCAGGAGGCAUGGUGAUGAUGGUGCCAGGUGCUGGCUCUGUACCUGCUCUGCAAAGGAUACCACUGCCAGGAGCUGAAAUGCUUGAGGAAGAACCCUUAUAUGUGAAUGCCAAGCAGUAUCACCGCAUCUUGAAAAGGAGACAAGCACGAGCCAAACUUGAGGCAGAAGGAAAGAUUCCUAAAGAGAGGAGAAAAUACUUACAUGAGUCACGUCAUCGCCAUGCUAUGGCCAGAAAACGUGGGGAUGGUGGACGCUUCUUUUCACCAAAAGAAAAAGAAGGGCACCACAUGGAGGCUGUAGAGUUUCAUUAAGCACAGCAACAAGAUGGAGCCGAUUUGUAACGGAUUCAUCUCAGGGAAGAGACGUUUACACCAAUGAUGCCAUCACUCUGACAUCAGAAAAACACCACCAUGAUGACAGAGUUUUGUUACAUCCUAUUGUCUUUCAGCCAUUUAUCACCUCUAACCAGUGUACAGCUGUCUCUUUAUAAUCUGCCGUGCACCCAAACAUUUCUCACAUCUUAGAUUUUUGCAUGCAAACACAGACUCCCUUCGAUAGGAGUCUAUCUCCAACACCUUGUGAGUACAAGGUCUGAAAUUGCAUAGAUGUGCUCUUCUUGGAAUAGUCUUCCAGCCCAAUGUUUUCCUAUUCCUAUAGGCUAGAGGAAGAGGGCAAGGAUGGAAAUGUUUUUCAGUAUUUAAAGUACUUACUGAGAGAACUUGAAAUCUCUCCAGUCAUUGAAAGUUUUAUGGCUUAUACUCCAGUUGUUCUCAGCAAGACAGUGUGUUUUAUGUUGUAGCUGAGAUUUUACUUGUACAUAACCUCUUUGUAGUAUGACAGUCCUGCAAAGUCAUGUGGCCUGUCGUGAAGGGUAUAACUUGUUUCUACAUUUUUGCUUUAUAAUGGGUCUGGGUCUUUUUAUAACUGUAAUAAAGAUGCAUUAGUUUUAGGGAUUACCUCCUGGGUUGAAGAGUUUAAUUUUGGGAUAAACAUUUAUGGAAGAGUGGGGCGAAGGCUAAAUACGUGGAAAAAUAUAGUAAGAUAAGUUAUAAUGUAAUAGUAUCCUGAUAAGGACUUGCAAUAUGGAAUUUAAGGGACACUCUAGACUCCUAAAGAAAUUUAGCUUGCUGGAAAGCUUUGUGUGAAGACCAUUUAUUUCAUUUUGCAAAAACUACAGAUUUCAAUAAAAAUUUACACUUUUAUAAAUUAACCUUGUUUACACCACCCUGGUGGUAAACCCCGUCCUGUUACUUUCUGAUUUGGUUAGCUCAGUGGAGCUAAACUCAAGAGGCAGCAAUUGCCCAGAGCAUCUACUUUGCAAAGAUUAUGCAAAGAUUAUGUGGACAGCCACAUAAAGUUUAGAAAGUGUUAGAAGGGGAGGACUUGCAAAGACUACAGACAACAGAACUGCCAGUUUUGCAAACUGUUUUAAGGUGUACCGCCAAUGAAAAAAUACAUAAUUAAAUGCAUGCAUGUUUUCAUUUGGGGUAUAUCUACUAAACAGUGAUUUGUAUUUAGGCAGGGAAGUGUCACUUUAAUUUUACAAGACCAUCAAAAUGUUUUAUGGGAUCGCAAAUACGUUUCCACAAAAACUGUAUUAUGGAUAGAUCAGAGUGCAAGUCAGUUUGCUAAACUACUUGCAGAAAACACCGUGUUAAACUGCAUGCAGGUGUAUGUCACAUUUCUAGGUGUCUGGGGAAUUAGAAGAGGCGUAAAAAAUUGUGAAUUUGUUACUUGAUUUUUUUUGUAUAUAGGUUUUUUUAUAUAUAU